CCCUCGGCCCGGCGGCUGGCUCUCGGGUUCCCAGAGCCCCGCGGGUCUCGCAAAGGCCAGGAGCAGCGAGUCCGGCCACCCCCUCGGCUGGGGCCCCGGGGUAAUUCGAUGCGGGCCUGGCGAGGCUCCCCACGCUAGACCCGGGCUCGCGUCUCGGCAGCCUCCACCCACCGGCCCACCCUACAUUUAGCGCAUCAUGUGAUCCGGGAUCCAUGUGACGCCAGAAUCAAAUGGAUGAAUGAAUAUCCCUAUGAAGAGAAAAACAAUAAAGAAUAUCAACACCUUUGAGAACAGAAUGUUAAUGCUUGAUGGGAUGCCAGCAGUCAGAGUCAAAACAGAACUUUUGGAAUCUGAACAAGGGUCUCCAAACGUCCACAACUACCCCGAUAUGGAAGCUGUCCCCCUGUUACUAAAUAAUGUGAAAGGGGAGCCCCCGGAGGAUGCACUACCUGUAGAUCACUUCCAAACACAAACUGAGCCUGUGGACUUGUCUAUAAACAAAGCCAGGACGUCCCCUACGGCCGUUUCAUCCUCCCCCGUCUCCAUGACAGCGUCUGCCUCUUCACCGUCGUCUACUUCAACCUCUUCAUCCUCUUCCAGUCGUCCAGCCUCAUCCCCAACUGUUAUCACAUCAGUAUCUUCAGCAUCAUCUUCAUCAACAGUAUUAACUCCAGGACCUCUUGUUGCCUCGGCCUCUGGUGUGGGAGGCCAGCAGUUUUUGCACAUUAUCCAUCCUGUACCGCCUUCAAGUCCCAUGAAUUUACAGUCUAACAAACUGAGUCACGUUCACCGCAUCCCCGUGGUGGUACAGUCGGUGCCUGUUGUCUAUACAGCUGUGCGGUCGCCUGGAAACGUGAACAACACUAUUGUUGUGCCCCUCUUGGAGGAUGGGAGAAGCCAUGGCAAAGCACAAAUGGAGCCCCGAGGCCUAUCUCCCAGACAAAGUAAAAGUGACAGUGACGAUGAUGACCUGCCAAAUGUGACCUUAGAUAGCGUUAAUGAAACUGGAUCAACGGCCCUUUCCAUAGCCAGAGCAGUACAAGAGGUACAUCCAUCCCCAGUAUCAAGAGUCCGGGGAAAUCGAAUGAAUAACCAGAAGUUUGCUUGUUCAAUUUCACCAUUUAGUAUCGAGAGCACAAGGCGCCAGAGACGUUCCGAAUCCCCCGACUCCAGGAAACGGCGCAUCCACAGAUGUGAUUUUGAGGGAUGCAACAAAGUGUACACAAAAAGCUCUCACCUGAAGGCUCAUCGGAGGACACACACAGGAGAGAAACCCUACAAGUGCACCUGGGAAGGGUGCACCUGGAAGUUUGCCCGUUCAGAUGAACUGACGAGGCAUUACCGCAAACACACGGGAGUGAAGCCAUUCAAGUGUGCAGACUGUGACCGCAGCUUUUCUCGGUCCGAUCACCUGGCCUUGCACCGCCGGAGGCACAUGCUCGUGUGAAGCAGGCCCCUCGUCCAGCUGGGAGGAAGAGCUGGAUCUCUUAGUGGCAUCCAAUUCAGCAGGGCUGAAUCCCCUUCACAGUGUUAACGCCAAGGACAUCACCAUCCCACGAUGUCAGACACCAGAGCAGGAACCAGAACGUCCACUUCUCCUUUCCGACUGAAGGUAAUCCCCAUCACGACCACGCAAGAGACGUCUUCUUCACGCUGGCCUGAGAGCUCAGCGCUACCCACGUUCCGGAAGAGCCAGGCAGUUGUUUUCCGAGUUGUUGUCCUCUGCCAUUGACAGAUGUUUGUAGCUUAUACAUUUUCCAAGCUGUCAGACAUUUGGUUAUCAAUAUCUUCUAGGUCAGCUACCACAAAUUGAUAGCUAGAGCAAGACCUUUUCGAUCUGAAUGAUUUUCCCAUCAUCCCUACCCUGGGAGCCCCUUUCUACAAAACUUUUAGUUCCUAAGUGAGCUAGAACACACAUCCGAUCUGUUACCAGCAAAACAGCAUGAACAUAGGAAGGAAGAAGCUGUGGGAGAGUUUCCAUUACCUGAAAAAUAAAGGCAAACUCAGCAGCCCUCUGCAGUAGCGAAGGCAGCCGUUAGAAUCCCACCCGCAACGUGUCAUCAUGCCAUGCCCUGAAGAAAACCAACAUUGAAUCUUUCAUUUGUUUGUCCUUGAGUGUUUUUUGUUCUGUUCUGGUCGUUUCGUUCAUCUGUUUGAGCAGAGGGGCAGCAGAAUUUCAGUUGAAGUCUAGUCCUGAAGUCUCUGCCCUGCCAUGGAUUGGCCCAGAGGUGUUCUGUAGUUGAAUAGGAAGAGCCUGUCAAAAACAAAAACAAAAACCUACUGCCCCACUUCAAACUACAGUGUUCUGUCACCCAGGCAUCAUCUCUUCCUGCCCCUAGUGUCUGGUUACAAGGAAGUGGGGGGUUAGGGGGACUUUCUUAGACACAUUGGCACCAAGGUAAGAGGUGGGGCUGCCAAGGCAAAGUCAGUGGACAUGAAAAAUCAGACAAAGCAGAGGAAAUAAUGAACCUCUCAAGGAGAAAAGCAAUAAUGAAUAAAAGGACUUCUCUACAAUAACUUUACUGAGUACUCACGUUACCAGUUUUUAUACUUACUAAAGGAAUUGUGGAGAGAGGGGAGGGGGAAAAAAAAAAAGUACCCCAGCAUUUUAGAUGUCUUGGUUAUAUUUCCAGCCCUGAGGUAAUCUUUCUGUUGGUUGUUGUGCUUGGUUGGGUACCACAAUUAAAGAUUACACUCCCCUUUUCUACAAUUAUUUGGUGACUAGAAAGGAUGAGGGAGGCAUAGCCAGGAAUGAACUCUUCGGGUAGCAGGUCAGUUCUCUGUGGGCCUGAGUCAAUAGAAAAACAGCGCCCGCCCCUAGAAAGCCUGUCAUGGUGCUAGUUUUCUCUCAUGGAGAGCCAAGAAGAGCAACUCUCCCAUAGGAUCUUUUUUACACAUUUCAUUUUCUAAACUGUACCAGGACUCCCUGGUCCUGGAUUGGCAUCUGCAGGGAUAGUGAACCUUUCUCAUCCUGGAAUUAGGAUGAGAGCAAAGUAGAGUCCCAUCUAACCUCCUAAAACUAGGAACCUUUUACAGCUAGCAAAGACUACAGUAAAUAAAGCAAUACAUCACCAACGUUCUUUUGGGGAAAAUUAUCAUCUAUUUUUUUUUUUUAAUCCACAGAAAGCUGGGUUGUGUUUUCUGCUUUCUGGGGUUUUUUCCUCCAGCUUUAUGUGGCAAAGGGGCUAGGUAAGACUUUCGUUGUUGUUGUUAGGAUUUUUUAAUAGCUAGGUAAAAAAGGUCUCCAGCAAUGACCUUUGCAUUGUAUUUUAAUUAGAAACACUUGAUUUGAAGAACUGCACAAAAUAACCUCAGAAAUAUUCCUAGCUCAUUUUUAAGGUGUUUGAACAUUCAGAAACAAUUUCUGCUGAGAGAAUUAUCCUUUCUAGGAUCAUCUAAUUCAGAUAAUCUUACUCUGAUGAAUCAAGGACUAUGAACAUUGCAACCAGGAUGAUGUGUGUCAGAAAAUAGUAAAAGAAAUUUUACUUAAGUAUUCAAGCAACAGUAUAAUGAAUUUCAGCUCAAAUUAUAACUACAAAAGUAUGUGGUCUAUUUUUUUUUCUGCCAGGUCUGAAAAACUCAUCAGGUAGUUUCCCUUUAACAAGGGCUCUAGUUUAAUUGAUAAAUAGCUUCUUCAGCUAUGAUCUGCUACCGAUUAACCAGUAGGCUUUUUUUUUUUUUUUUUUUACCAACUGGAACUUUUUUUUAUCUGUACUGUAUACAACUUAGAUGUCUCAAUGCACGUGACCAAUUCAGAAUAGAAAAAAAAGGGGUGGGGGGUUGUGUAUGCCAGCCAGUACUGAUUACUAGUCAGUGGAAAGAACACACAGAGAGAAAGAGUCUGAAUAGCUAUGAACUCCCAAACAUGGCCCCCAGAACCAGUGAGGGAAAUCACUCAGGUAUAGAGUUUAGUUUAUUCUGCCUGUUCUUAAGAAGAGCCAAUCUUUUUCUCCACUGAAAGUAGAGCACUGCAGGUAGGUAACAGUUUUUAGAACUUAUGGAACUGACAGGAUCUGGAUUUAAGUUUAGCACAGAACUAAAUGUGGUGGCACACCCCCUAUUACAGGAAAGAUUUGGGGAAGUGAGCUGUCCUCGCCACCCUCCGGAAAUGGGAACCACACUGAGAUGGUAAGUUAACUAAUCGAUCCUGUCCGCAUUAUCCUAUUUCCCUGUCUUGACGUGGCAAUACUGUUAGAAGGGAGCCAAGCACAUGUAAGUGAAUGAGUCUCUGAUCUAGCCCUAGCAACCGAAACUUACUUGGGGCUUGUGUUGGGACAUCACAAAUUCUCCUUGAUGAGAGUAUUUCCUAAAAGUGUUUCCUCAGGUAAAAGGAAAGUGAUUUGAGACAGAAUGAAAUGGAAUAUCUUUAGGUAUAGAAAAGCCACUAUUCCAUCUCAUGGGUCUUUUUAGCUUCUUCUGAAAAGCACAGUGCAAUGAUAAACUACAGAAAAGGGAUAGAUUCAGUUGUUCCCUAACUAGAAACAUUCUUUUGGUUUAGCCGUGAAGUGGUUGGUUUCACAGCUAGGAUAUGGCAUGGUUGGGAAUUCUCAUACGCAUAACUGUGACAUAGAAGUAGCUGCCAGAGGCUUGACUUUUCUCUUUGCAUUGUAUAGGUUGAUUAAAGGGAGUUAAUGUUAUUUGAAGGUUUUUAGUAGAGUCCCUUAUAUUUUGAUCUUGUUUGAAAAGAUUCAUACUUCCUCCUCUGCCUUUAGCCUCCUGUUGUGAGUGGUAUGGUCUCUACUUGAUAACUUGUCUUAAGUUCUAUUAAGGCAUUUAGAAUGCGAUUCUUAAUGACUUGACCAUAAAGAUUAUACCACUGCCUUUUUCAAAAUACAUAAGAGGACAUUUUGUUUUCAAAAUCAGUUGAGUAUCAGUAACAAACCACAUUAAAAGAGAGAGCACUUUUUAUUCACUUUAAAAUUAAAGUGGGAAAUAGGAAGAUAAAUUGUUGGGGGGGAAAAGUCUUAUAAAAUGCUGUUGUGUUUAUAGAUGCCAGUUGUAGAUCAUUAGAAGGGCUACUUUCAUUCCGGUUGAAAUUUGGAAUAGUUUACAUGAAGAUUGUGUUCAUUUGUAUGCAUCAUGUUUUAAUUUCAAAUAUCCAUUUGUGUUUUAAACGUCAAUAUGAUCCUGCACUUUGAAAUCAGUUCAAUAGCCUGAUAACAUGUAUAUGGAUAAAGAUGCAGUAUUCCUUAUUCUGUACUUUAUUUAUCUGUACUUACCAAAGCUGCACUUGAAUCAUCUGAUGAGGUGAGGCCUUCAACGUGUAUCAAUACACUUUCAUUAUGUUGUUAUGAAUACUUAGAAAUGUAGUUGUGGUGUUGUUUUAAAGCUGUCUUAGCAGCCACAGUAAGGACUCACAGAAUUUAAGCAGUGUUAAUACCAGCAUCUGUGCCCCAGUCUGCAUAGAAGGGACUGAAUGUGAGAUGGCUGGAGAAUUGUUAACAGGCCCAGGAAGCCUUAAUAUUCAUAGUUCACAAUUCACUCUUGGACGUUGAUCUCACUAAUACCUGUGAACUUACCAGGUAAAUAUAGCCUAUUAACCAUCAUCAUUGACAAAUCUCUUCCUUUACUUUUUCUGAGAGAUAGUACAUCUUCUAUUAUAAAUUUGUUCUCAAUUCGAUUUGGUUUAGGACAGGGGUUUAGGAAAUCAUGUCUUCCAUGUUACAUUUCUACUUCUCCCCACACUGCCUUCCACUUACCUGGACAAAUAUCCACACCCAACCCAUGCACACAUAUGCACACACCUGUAUAUGCAGUAGCCAUUGGGCUAAUAAAUAUCAUCAGACCCUUUUUUUAAGGAAAGAAUUUGUAAUAAUCCAUACCCUCUAGAAAUGUAAGUUAUUUACCUUAUUAGGGAUUCAGCUUCUAAUACUAUAAUAUGACUUUGCCUGCAUUUUAUAGCUAAGAAAUGUACAUAAAGAUUAAAGAUGCUAUAUUUUCACAGUUACAUUAUAGAGUAAUGUCUGUUUAGUGACUCAUGUCCAUUGGUAUUUUAAAUAUGCUAAAUACUAAGAAAUUGCGAUAGAAAUUCAGAUUUUUUUCAUAAAAUGAUAUAGAAGGAUACUGCAUCUUUAAAAAUAGAGUGAAGAUAUUUUACUGUAUUCAUAACAUGUGAUAGUGGAAAAAUAUUUUCAAACAUGCAGAUUUUACAGAGGUUGUAAAUAGUUUGAUGAAGUAUGUUGGGAGAAAGAGCUUCUAGUUUUCAUCACAAUAAAAAAAAAUCGUAUUCAGGUUUGCCUUGUGUAUGUUACACACGAUUAGCGAUAUUGCCAUAGGAACUCAGUCCCACCUUAUCAGAACACAUUCUCUAUCUUCUGUCAAAACAGAGUGACCAUGCAUCAUGGUUUAGUAAGAAUGGUUGAAAACUUCCUGAAGUCAUUUUAAGUUGCUACAGACAACAAAUUUUAAUGUCUUUUCUUCCUGUAGAGAGAAUAGGAAUUUAUUUGUGCUAAAGAUCACCUAGGAUUGUUUUCUCUUCCUGUUUUCUUCCUCCUCUGCAAAAUACUUCUUGAUUAAAAAAAAGAAAAGCAGAAAGCAAUACAGGUGUUUAUUCUUGUUUGAAUUCCAGAAGAAUUGCUUUUAGGCAUAGCUGCAUGUUGACAAGAUUAAGUGCUAUGGAUUUGGUCACAUGUAAAAUGAAUCUGUACUGGCAAUGGGAAUAAGCUAAUGCCUAUUUUCUAAAAUUAAUUAAGUGCUAAAAGUGCCUGUCUAUAGACAUGACCAAUGAGAUGUUUCUAUACUUUUUCACAGCAAUAAUUCUUCAGAUAUUUUGAAAACACAUAUAUCCAGAGUAAAUGUAUGCACAUAGUAAAUUGAAUCUGUUCACAUAUCCUCAGGGGAGGGUGAAAAAAGCUUUUAUGACUUUUAAGGAUCAAAUCUUAUUUCUCAUUAGCAUUUCUUAAUUUGAUUUUCUCGCUUGAAGAAUAUAAGAAUGCAAAUAUGAACAGUAAGGUCAAUCUUCAAUGUAUACUAAGGGCAGAUGGUAACUAUAAUUUUGGAUAAAAUGUUGUGAUUUAUCCCUUAUGAAACAGUAUACAUAACUCAAGAAGCUUUGCUCAGUUCAAAAAUACCAAUUUAUUUAAAGCAAAACUCUGAGAGAUAUUUGUCUACGUAUUAUGUCCUCUUAUAUCAAAUGCACAAGCAUAUCUAUAUGUUUCAUGCUUACUUUUUCCCCUUACAUUUUCUAAUAUAUGUAUUUCUAAGAACCAUUUGGGGAUGAUAGUAACAUUUCUUUCCAAAAUAUCUACCAAAGUGCUACUGAGGUUUUCUCAGCCUAGCUUUUAACCCAUUUUGCAGUUUCCUGAAAAUUACCUGCUUUACAGUUCAGAAUUUCACAAGUAUUUCCCCCCCCAAAAAAUAAAAGAUUUUACUGCUAAAAGUGGAGUCAUGGGUAAAAAUACACAGAGGCUGUUUGAAUAGACACGAACCCUGGAAAUUCUCCAACUCUGUCAUCUCAGAGCACAAAUACACCCAAACAAGUUGUGGUUAACAGCAAAAUUAUACUCUUUUUUUUUUUUUCAGAGCCAAACAUUUGGUAAGAGCAAUUUUAAAAGUAUGACUGACAUUAAACCUUUCAGGCUUUAGUCAAUGUAGACUACUACCACCAUGGACAGAAUUUUCCAGAGCCAGAUCACAGGCCUAGUAAACCAUCCUGCUUCCUCUUAAGUUGCAGGAUGGAGAAGGGACAGGAACUGCACCCAGGAUGAAGCAGAGAUAACUGGAUGUCAAAGGAAAGUCACUGUGCUUCUUGGUCUGCUGAAGUUAAAUUUUGACUGGCCUUCAUUGUGCAUGUUGUAUGAAAGCACUACAUAUCCUGAAAGGUCAAAAUGAAGGAAAAAGAAAAUAUUCUUCAUUAAAUACUUACUAUGCCCUAAGCAUUAUGAGAGGAAGCGUUAGACACAUUACUGCCAAUCUCUACAACAGAUCUUCAUUCUAUAGAUGGGGAAAUUGAGGCACAAAGAGGCUGAGAUGUCAAUGAACACAAAAAGUAAAUGGUAGAGACGGAAUGGCAAGCCUCCUGGCUCUGUACCCACUAACCACACUGUCCAUUUUGUCCCAGUACUUACCUUUUCAUAUCUCUAACUCAGUUGUAUUAUUGGCACCCUGUAUGAAUUAUCAUCUUCUGGGUGAAAUAUCAUCACUUAAUGUAACAUGUGACUUUGACAAUGGUGGAGAAUAUUUGAAAUGGAAAUUUGUUUACAAAGGAUCAUUAAAAACCAAUAGAGACAACCAAACAUAUCCCUGAACUUGCCUCUUUCUUUCCAAAUGUUUGGCCUGGAGUUUCAGGACCAGCAAAACUUCCCCCCACUAAGUAUCAUUUUAGCCCAAGUUGGUUCUUCUCAACUCUAUACCUGUCUUUGUUUAUACACUAAAUAUCUUCUCACUAACAGAUCUGCUAAUGUAAGGUACAUUUGAAUCCUUACCUCUGUGGACUUAGUAAUAUCAGAGGUUACUCUUGCAAGUGGUAAUGGGGUGGUGGUCACAAAUAUUCAGAUGAUGAUCAAUGAAUGACUCCAGAUUUCUCACUUAAACAGCGCUGUUUUGGAAUGUAUUAAAUAGUCCCACAAAUAAGUUGUUUAUAGUAUUGUCAGUUUAGCUGAGUUUUAUGCACGAAGCUGUCUAAUAUCAGAGAAAUGAAAUCCUGCCCACUCUAUGUAGGACAAGAUCUCUGACAGCAUUGAUUCAUGAAAGCACUAAUGGACUUCAAAAAACAUUAAGAGAAUGUCAUUUCCCAUAGCAUUUGUGUAUUUGGAAAAUGAAUCUCCUGAAUUAGGAUCUUUCUCCCUGUUACUUGACUGGAGGAGGAGAUAAACUUGUAUAAACAAAUCCCCAUGUUGAAAGCCAGUGACCAUGUAUCCAGUGACUGCAGACUGGGGCUCGUUCCUCUCAGUUAAUUUGGUUUCAGCACCAAUAAUUUCUAAAUGACAAAACCACCGCUGUAGGCCAGUUUAAAAGAGUUGCACAGAGGACAGAAUCCUACCAGUACUUUUUCUUUCGGGAUUUCAUCUCUAGAAAUUUGAAGUAUUUGUCCUUUCAUUCCAAAGCAAGUUAACCAAGACUUCCACAGAGAUUUUUUUUUUUCUUGUUGAGAAAUGAGGGUGAAUAGAAGGAUAGAAUGGGGGUGUAAAUACAAAAGUACAAGUGUCCACGCAUUCAUAAAAAAAAAAGUAAGGUAUUUUCAGGGCAUAUCAAAUCUUUCUAUUAAUUUCAUGCUCUAAAGAUACAAUAUAAAACAUUAUAGAAAAUGCUUUUGCGCUAUUCCUAUUUCUUAGUUUUCCCAUGACAGAAUUUUGUGAUUGCAUCCAGACCAUACCAUAUAUUUUGUUCUUCAGACUUUAUUCCUUUGGAUGGGGAUUGUUGAACUGGGGCACUGGUGCCUAUAUACAAGGCUCUUUCCUAUCAACUUGUCUGUCCACAAUUUGUUGUGUUGAAAGAUUCAUUAAAAAAAAAAUCUAUGUCCCCUCAGUGGAUGGUAGUUGUAUUGUUUUGUUCAUGUCUGUGUGGGACACAUUGCAUCACAUGGCAAACCAACUCUGUGGAAAUGAGAUAAUUAGUUGAUAAAACCAGCUUGAAAAACAUUGUCUAUGUAUUAUGUCAUCCUGCAUCAUAAUGCAAUUAUGUGUAUCAUGAUCAUUUUUU